CGGUAGCGACUGUCGUUUAGGUAAACAAAUGUUGAGCGCGAAAAGGUGAUGGACAGCGAAUAAGAGUAGGUAAGUAGAUGUUUAUCACCAAACAUACAAGUAUUUAACACAUAUAAGCAUAACAAAUUUAUAUUAAUUAUUUAAUGGAAAUGGAUUCGAAAGGAGGUAUUAAAAAAGCGCGAGUUUUUCAUAAAUCCUGGUUAGAUGAUAAUUUAUUUAAAGGAUGGCUGGCUCCUCAUCCUACAGAAAAUGAUAAAGCAAUUUGUAUUUUGUGCAAUAUCACUAUCAGAUGCUGCAAAACAGAUUUAACACGCCAUUCACAAACGGUCAAACAUAUAAAAUAUAAUUCUCAAAGUCAAAACCAAAACCUUCAGAGUAAUAGUAGUUCACAUAUUGAUAACAUUAAACGAGCUGAAAUUAAAUUAGCAGCAUUUUUUGCCGAGCAUAAUGUUGCUUUUUAUACCGCAGAUCAUUUAAUUCCUUUGUUAAAAAACGUAUUUAUAGAUUCUUCAAUCGUUCAAGAUCUUUCACUGGCUCGAUCUAAGUGCACCAAUAUUGUAAAAGAUGUAAUCGCAAAACGGGAAAUAGAAAAACUUGUUAAUAUUUUGCGAAAACAAAAAUUUUCUAUUUUAAUUGACGAAUCUACGGAUAUUUCAGAAACAAAAAUUUUAUGCGUCCUUGUACAAUAUUUGUCACCGAUAAAUAAAACAGUCGAAACAAAAUUAUUGGAAUUAUUACCAUUAAAUGCUGUAAAUUGUUCCGCAAACAAUCUUUUUGAAUCAUUUCAGAAACUUUUGGAAAAACAUCAAAUUCCUAUUCAAAAUAUAGUUGGAAUGGCAAGUGAUAAUGCAUCCGUUAUGAUUGGAUGUAAUAAUUCUUUUUUUUCUCGUUUGCAGUCCGGAGUUCCGGGAAUAAUUUUGUUGAAUUGUAUAUGCCAUUCUUCCGCGAUUAUAGCUAGUAAAGCCUGCGAGAAAUUGCCACAAUCUUGCGAGAAUUUAGUUAGAGGAGUUGCUACUUAUAUUUCGAGCAGUGCAAAGAGAUGCGCGAUGUUACAAGAAUUUCAAGAGUUUUUUGAAAUAGAAAAAAAUAAAAUUAAAAAAUUAGCAAAUACAAGAUGGCUUGUUUUGCACAAAUGCGUGGUCAGAUUUCUCGACAAUUGGGAAGCUUUAAAAAGUUAUUUUAUAUUAGCUGUUCACGAAGAUAAAUUAAGAUCUGCGGAAAUUAUUUUAACAGAUUUAAAUAAUAAUAACAUAAAAGCAUAUUUAUUAUUUUAAAAAUAUUCGUUAUUAUAUUUCAAUAUUUUUAACGCUACUUUCCAGUCACGCAAAAUUUUGAUUCAUAAAUUAUUUGAAGAGUCUCAACAAAUAAUUCGGCAAAUUGCUCAAAAUUUUAUACAUCCAGAGGUUUUGCAAAAUAUUAUUUCUUUAGAUAUUGACGAUGAGAAUUAGAUACAAGAUCUUAAUAAUAUAUAUGUGGGACCCGACUGUGAAAACUUUUUAGCAACACAAUCUGUAGAAUGCGCGCAAGAAGUUCGGUUAAAAUGUUUAGACUUUUAUAAAACAGCAGUCCGGGAAAUGGUAAAACGUUUACCAUACAAAUCUAUAUUUUUUCAACAAUUAACUUUUUUAAAUCCGAAAAUUGCUCUUUUUGACGAAGGCAGAAUUAUAAUUAGAGAUUUAACAGAUAUUGCAGCGCGUAUAAAUAAUACACACAUUGAUAUUACAAAAUUAGCGUUUGAAUGGAGAAUUCUGCCAUCAAUUUUCGAUGAAUCACAAAAAACAGAAUUACUUUCUUUAGAAAUUGAUAAAGUGUGGCAAAACAUAUUAGAAUAUAAAGAUGAUAAUGAAGAGAAAGUUUUUCCAAAUUAAAAAUUAUUAGUUGAAGCAGUCCUUUCUCUUCCCCAUUCGAAUGCCGAAGCCGAACGGAUUUUUUCAAUACUUACUGACGUAAAAAAUAAAAAACGAAAUCGAUUAUCUGUUGAUACUGUUUCCGCGAUUAGCAUUGUGCGAUCUACUUUUCAGGCUGAAGGCAUUAAUUGUAUUAAUUUUGGAAUUGAUUCAAGACAUUUAGAGUUGCAUAACCCGCAAAAUUUAUAUGCAAGACAAUCUGAUAGCAGUUAAUCUGAUAGUGUUUAACAUUUAUUUUUUUUAUUUAUGUAAACUUUUCAUAUAAUAUUUUUAAUUUUAUUUUACUAUUUUCACAUUAUAUUUCAUGUUAGUUGUAUAUUGUUAUUUGACAAAUUACAUGUAUUAACCAUGUUUUUUUCCAUGUUUUUUUUCUGGCGAGCCUCCGCUAAAUCCUCCGAAUACACUCAGGGUAGAUGAGCCCGACCUGACAGAAGGGAUGGACGAUUUUCCGCGCGUGCGACAAGAUUCAUCGGGGAUACCUUAAAUCUAUUGUCUUGAUUCCGCCAAGUUCUCCACUCGCCAAGAACUUAUGUACCUGCAUAAUGUGCAAUUUUUAUUUUGAAAAAUUAUUUUCUUAUUUAUAAUUAUAAUUAUUUAUUCUGUUAUAAUUAAGAAAAUUU